GUGUACCGCAGUGUGUUGCUUCGUCACACUCCCAGAGAGCAGCCAGCCGAUGAAAACAUGGAGGUGGACUCCGUGUCUGGAGGAGAAUCUGCAGAGAAAACCAAUCAGCAGCCAGCAGGCAGACAUCCUGACCAAUCAGAGGAGGAGGAGCGUGGUGACCUCAUCCAGUUUUACAACAUGGUGUUCGUCCUGAAGAUGAAGAGCUUUGCUAUGCGCUACGCCACCGGCGACACCCGGGCCGACGCCCCGCCCCUCUCUCCGUUCCCGUCGGUCCGCGCUCAGCCUCUGUCGCCGCGGCGCGUCAGUCAGAGACACUCGCUCUACGUUUCACCUCACAAGAACUCAGCAGGGAGUCUGACGCCAAACUCCUUCACCUACAGGAUCAACAGCAGCCCGUCCAAGGAGCUGUUGGACAUCAACCGGAUGAUCCGCCAGGGCGCCGUCAGCAGGAAGAGGGCCUUCACCAUGGAGGGCGACGUGAUGAUGUCAUCAGCGUGCGACUCGCCCAAUAAGAGGGCGUGUCCGGAGAACGGCAGCGGUCCCGACGUUCUGCUGAAGCGCCUGCAGGACGUCGUGUCCGAGCGCCAGAGUCACUGA